ACAGCGCGCUGCGGGGACCCGGGCUCCUGCGCGAUGUUCCCUGCCUGCUUGCUGCUCUUCCUCCUCCAUUCGGUGGGAGCCGCCGAGCGCCCCGAGGGCCAGGCCCACGAGCAAAGCCUGGAGGCUGCCCUGGAGACCCCCAACGCCUCGCGCUUCCUCUGGAACAACUACACCUUCUCCCAGUGGCAGAACUUCGUGGGCCGGACGCGCUACGGAGUGGAGUCCCAGAAGCCCAACGUGAAAGCUCUGCUCAUCGUGGCUUACUCCUUCAUCAUCAUCUUCUCACUCUUCGGCAACGUCCUGGUCUGUCAUGUCAUCUUCAACAACCAGCGAAUGCACUCAGCCACCAGCCUCUUCCUCGUCAAUCUAGCAGUGGCCGACAUCAUGAUCACACUGCUCAACACCCCCUUCACUUUGGUCCGCUUCGUGAACAACACAUGGGUGUUUGGGAAAGGCAUGUGCCACAUCAGCCGCUUCGCCCAGUACUGCUCCCUGCAUGUCUCGGCACUGACGCUGACUGCCAUCGCUGUGGACCGCCACCAGGUCAUUAUGCAUCCGUUAAAGCCUCGGAUCUCAAUCACAAAGGGUAUCAUCUACAUUGCUGUGAUUUGGAUCAUGGCUACCUUCUUUUCACUCCCACAUGCAAUCUGCCAGAAAUUGUUUGCCUUCCUAUACAGUGAGAACGUCACGCAUUACUUGUGCCUGCCAGACUUCCCCGAGCCAGCUGACCUCUUUCAGAAGUACUUGGACCUGGCCACCUUCAUCCUGCUUUAUAUCCUCCCUCUCCUCAUCAUCUCUGUGGCCUAUGCCCGUGUGGCCAAGAAGCUGUGGCUGUGCAACACGAUUGGAGAUGUGACCACCGACCAGUACCUUGCCCUGCGGCGCAAGAAGAAGAAAACCAUUAAGAUGCUGAUGCUGGUGGUGGUCCUCUAUGCCCUGUGCUGGUUCCCUCUCAACUGCUAUGUCCUCCUCCUGUCCAGCAAUGUCAUCCACAGUAACAAUGCCCUCUACUUUGCCUUCCACUGGUUUGCUAUGAGUAGCACCUGUUACAACCCUUUUAUCUACUGCUGGCUGAAUGAGAACUUCAGGAUUGAGCUGAAGGCAUUACUGAGCAUGUGCCAAAGGCCACUGAAGCCUCAGGAGGACAGGCCACUCUCCCCAGUCCCCACCUUCAGAGUGGCUUGGACAGAAGAGAGCAAUGGUCAGAGGGCUCUGCCAGCCAAUAACCUCUUGUCUUCCUCUCAACUCCAGUUUGGGAAGACAGACCUAUUAUCUGUGGAGCCCAUUGUGGCAAUGAGUUAGAGGAGGCUGAGAAGGGGCAGCAGGAAGAAUCUGUCUCCAGCUGAGACUGGAAAAUAACCUGUCCUCUAACAUAGGAUCUGUACAAUGCUUUAAACAAGUCCCUGCAGAAGAGCAGUAGGACUCUUGAUUUCCAGAGGAAAUUCCCAGCCUCCCAGCUCCAUUUGAUGUGAAAGCUAAAACACAAAUAUCACCUUGGCUUCUGUUUAUAAAUUCCUACUUGGGAGAUGCUGUGAGCUAUUGCAUCCUGCAUCCUCGAGCAAGAGAACCAAGGGCAACCCCCACUCCAUUGGGGGUAGAAUCAGUCAACUGCCUCCAUCUGCUGGGCAGCUGUCUUCCACCCUUCCUUCUGCUGACUGAGCAUUCACAGAGGAAGCUUGAGUCACACUUUGAGUGUGGCUGACCCAAAAGCACAGUACUUUGCUGAGAACAGGUUCACUGGUCAGUGAGAUGUUAGCAAGCCAGAGUGGACACAGAGGUUUUCCUGCCUUGCCUUCCAGAGUGGUUGGAACUAAGAUGAGUCACUAGUCCAAUGGUCUGGCCCUACAUAUAACAUGAAAGAACCAAUUUAAUCUCCUUAUGCUAUUAUUACCACUUUUAAACAUGCAGAAAAACAAAAAGAACAGAAUUAAAAUUGCCCCCCUUAUCUCAUUGAUUUGUGAUAACUCCUGUUAACAUGCUAUGGAUUUCUUUGCAGAUUUUUCCUUUCUUUGUGUGUGUGUACUUUUUUUUUUAGUUCUAAACCUGUUAAAUUGUAAUGAUCAGCUAGAAACAUAGGCAUAGCUGAGUAAUUCUGAACCUUUCUCCAAGGAACGGUGUCCACCACAAGCAUUAGGGAAGAGGUGAGGGAAGAACCCAAGAUGAAGACUGUCACAAAGCAGACAGAACCUGUCAAUGAUGAGCAGGGCCUGGCUGAAGUCCCUGCUCUCAUUUGAGGCCAUCAUGAUGAGCCAGGGAACAAGACUCAGCCACAGGGUAUAAGUCCUCUUUUCCCUGCAAUUACACAAAAACAAGAGUGGGUGGAACAUUGUUCUCGUUUCACAGGAGAUGAGAAAGCAGGUUUUACAAUGGUUGGAAAAAAUUGGGCUUAGGUACCACAUCCACCCAAGCUGUCUAGAUAGGCCACUUCCCCAUGUUGUUUUAAUAAUGAGAUUUUUUUUUCACACCAGUUCCCCAAACACCAAUUCACUAUCAACAUCACCUUAGCAAUUCAUGUGUCACUUCCAAAAUCUAUGGGAUCCUUAAAGAAAAAUUUUUUUCUUAAGGGCCCACUUGCCAGAGAAAUCUCAUUCCAGAGACUGAAUGUUUUCAUCACUUUUCAUCUGGUCCUGAGUGACUCACGGUGUCACCCAGAGAGAGAGAUGGAUAUGUCAGGCAGAGUGGAGCCUAAUUCCCCAGCCUAGAGCAAUUGCUAUUACCUUGUGUAAGACCCAAAGUCUCACUCCCAUUCCACGGAGCAUGAACAGCCAAAAAGGCCUUCACAAUGCUGGGUCCUAAAACCCAGCGAGGCUCCCAGAGCUCGACAAGCAGCGAGAAACCCAGGAAAGAACACACCAGGUUAGAUGGUAAACAGACCUUUAUUAGUUGGGCCAGAAGGUACUCUCAGAACCAAGUAGCUCAGACAGGCAACUGCUCAGGGACUGAGGUAGUUUUAUAGGGUUUUUCUAAACAAAAAAGUUCAAACAUAGGUCAGGGCAUUCACCAGAGGGCAAGAUUCGAAAUAUACUGCUUAUCUUAUGCAGGAAAUGUUCUAUGGUCACCUUUUGUGAUACCGUUUGUCCCCUGGGCGG